AUGUAUCUUCAACGCUUGCUAAGCAUCACGACGCUCUCCUGCCUGGCUCUCCAGGGCUCCGUCGCACAGGGAACUGCGCAGACGAGGACCUGUAGACAUACCACCGUGGCCAUCCUGGGAGGUGGGAUGUCGGGAAUCAUUGCCGCGCAAGCUUUACACAAUCAAUCCAUCUCCGACUUUGUCAUCGUGGAAUACCAAGGUCGAAUCGGCGGGCGGGUGAACCAUACGGCUUUCGGACAAAAGGCGGACGGCAACCCUUAUGUGGUGGAACUCGGGGCGUACUGGGUGCAAGGCGCCGGUGGCACCAAUGGCCCUGCACUCUCCGAUUUCACCUCGGUGCAAACCUAUGAUCAUACCGGCGCCGUGGAUUACUCUUAUCUAUUCGACGAGUACAACGCGGCGUCGGAUAAAGUGUCCGAGAUCGGCUCCAAUAUCCUCAAGGACAACCUCCAGGAUAUGAAUAUCCGCCAGGCUAUGGCCCUGGGAGGAUGGAAACCGAAGGUGGACGACAUGGCGGCCCAGGCAGUGGACUGGCUGAGAGGCGACGUGGAAAGUGCCUCCCCGGCGGGGGAGAGCUCCUUCGGCUUCAGUACCUCGGCUGGGGCCUUUACCUUUGGCCAAUUUGGGCCUGACAACUUCCUCGUCACUGAUCCGCGCGGAUACAGUGCCAUCAUCGAGGGCGAGGCCGCCACGUUCCUGAAGCGGAAUGACACCCGCCUGCUUCUCAACACCCAAGUGACUAAUAUCAGCUACUCGGACACAGGCGUCACUGUCUACAACCGGGAUGGCACCUGUAUUAAAGCGGACUAUGCUCUCUGCACCUUCUCCCUGGGCGUCCUCCAGAACCAGGCGGUGGCUUUCAGCCCCGAGCUCCCGAUGUGGAAACGCACGGCGAUCCAAAAAUUCACCAUGGGAACCUACACCAAGAUCUUUAUGCAAUUCAAUGAGACCUUCUGGCCGGCAGGCAGCCAGAAUCUGCUUUACGCCUCCCCCGACCGCCGAGGUUACUAUCCGUCUUUCCAGUCGCUGGAUGCCCCCGGCUUCUUAGAAGGCUCGAAUAUCCUGUUUGUCACCGUCCUGGCGGAGGAGGCGUACCGCGUGGAACGCCUGUCCGAUGAGGAGACCCAGGCUGAAAUCAUGGCGGUUCUGCACCAGAUGUUUCCGGGGACCACAAUUCCGGAGCCCACGGCGUUCUUUUACCCACGGUGGAACAAGGCGGAGUGGGCGUACGGCAGCUACUCGAAUUGGCCACUCGGCACCAGUCUGGAGAUGCACCAGAAUCUCCGGGCGAAUACCUCCCGAUUGUGGUUUGCAGGCGAGGCCACCAGCUCCCAGUACUUUGGCUUUCUGCAUGGGGCUUGGUUUGAGGGUCGGGAGGCCGGAGCGCAGAUUGCGGGCUUGAUCCAGGGCCAUUGCACCAAUGUGACUGGGGAGGAAGAGUGUGGGGGGCGGAAGUACUACGAAACUUUGGUUGGGACUACGCCAUCCACUGCGUAUACGGUCGAGAACGGAUGGCCUGGUGGCUUGCCUUACUAG